AAAAAGUAAAAACAACAGAGAAAUUUACACAAAAAUUUAGCUUUAUCCCUUUUUAACAUCUCGAACAUCGUGUGAAACGCGAGACAGUGCUGUGAGUGAACGAAAGAAUACGAAAGGAAAUUCAAAAUGUUCGCAAAUUUGUUGCGGGGUUGCCGCCAGCGUAUGGGCUGGCGCCCGAUGGCACAGCGUUAUUUCUGCUUAAAUCUGGUCUACAAGGAUGAUUACGUUGAGAGGUUGCGGAAGAGCUUCAACGCGGACGAGCGCGGCAGCAAAUUGCUGUUGCCAACGUACAAGAAGGCCAUGCUCUAUCCGGACGAUCUGGCCAUUAGAGAUAAUGUGGGCGAGUUCACCUACUUCCAGCUGUUUAUGACGGCCAAGCGACUAUCCAUACAGAUCUCCAAUAUAUGCGGCAGCGGCGCUUCGUUGCCUGUCGGAUUUUUCUGUGCAAACGAUGCCAUGUGGAUUGUGAUGCUGUGGAGCUGCUGGAUGUCCGGCCAGGUAGCAGUGCCCCUGCGUACGAGCCCAAGCCUGGAGCUGUUGCGUCUCCAGGCAAUCGACUGUAAGGCAAAGCUGUUCCUUGGCACUCCCGAAAACGCGAGCAUUGUCGACGAACUGGCCCAGACCCUGAAGGCGGCCACCAUUGUACUGGACCAUGACUUUGUGCCUCCAGUGAAGGAAAUCUCCUCCACAUCGAUGUACGCCCAGCAGCUGGUGAUCAGCCGAGAUUCGGGCGUUCUGAUGCCAGAGGCCAUGCUGCCCAAUGACUUCUACGAGAACAGCAUAGCCAUGCUGCUGUACCCGUCCACGUCCACGUCCACGUCUACGUCCAACGAGAGCCACAGCCCCAAGCCGGUGCUGCUCACCCACCGCAAUGUCGACGCCCAGAUCCGCUGCCUGAUCAACACCUGGCACCUGGGGCCCAGCGACACCUUGCUGCCGGUCCUGCCGAUGGUGCACAUGCACAUCGCCAUUGGGGCAGUGCUAGAUGUUGGCGGCAAUGUCGUACUCGAGCCGGGCUGCAACGCCAGCAGCAUCUGGAAUUCGCUGCUGGGCGUCAACCUGUCGAGCAAGAAGCGCUGCACCUGCUUCCUGGCCAAGCCCAUCGUGUACAAGCAACUGAUUGCCGAAUACCAAAAGAUGUUCCUCAAAGACGAACACAUGGUCGAGUACAUUAAGAAGCACUGCAGCGAGAAGAUGCGUUUAAUGGCCACUGGCUUUGCUCUGUUGCCGGAUUCGGUGUUCAAUUACUGGCGCGAUAUCACCGGCCAUCACAUCUUGGAGUACUACGGCACGCUGGAGACGGGCUUCGUCCUGGGCCAUACCAUCGAGGAGGGUCCGAAGGAGCUGCCCAAAUUGGUUCCCGAAAAAGGUGUCCCGAAGCCAACUGCCAGAUUCGUUUCAUCCAACUACAAGCCGCGCACGCUGGGGUCUCCUCUCCAGGGGGUCACUGCCCGACUGAUGGGUCCAACGGGAGAAGAGAUCUUCAAGUGCCAGAACCAUGUCGCUGGCCCUGUGAAAACAGGGCCUUUGAGUGAGGCCUCCAGUAUUCCAGUGCGUAAUUUUGAUCCCGCCAAAGCUGCUGUUCAAGGAGGACUGGAGAUUUCCUGCAGGCGUCUUUCUGUGGAGGAGCUCCCGGCCGGAAUGGAAGUAGAGGAGAUCUUCAUUCCCACCGGCGACAUAUGCGCCUAUUACAACGACAACUUUUACUUCAUUAGCAAGGCGUGCGAUGUGAUAACCGUCGGCGGUAUCCAGGUCAACGCCUCGGAAGUGAAGAAGUUGCUCCUCUCGCAUCCAAAAAUCAACGACGUGGCCAUACUGGCCAUCCCAGAUUUGGUGUGGGGCAAUCGACUCUGUGUCGUUUGCAUUGUCUCGCCCGACGUCCAGAUUGAGCUGGAGACCAUCGAGACAUAUUGCCAGGAACACUUGCCGCCCUUCAAGUGUCCCCAUGUCGUAAAGCUGCUCCACGUUAACUAGUUUCGAUUCCCAGUGUAGAUGUGUAUAUGGGACACGGCACGGACCAAAAGUUGUGGGAAACAAUAAUUUUGAAAACAUGAUAUAAAAAUUCAAGACUACUCGAAACAAUAAUAACAGGAAC